UCCCAGUUGCCAGGGACUGGUGGUAUUACAACACAAGCUGGAGGGCUGUGAUUUCUCCUGCCAAGAUGAGAAAGGUGCCUCUAUGUUUUUAAAGGACAGCUAACAUUUCUCUCAACAGUUCAGAACAAGCAAAGCUAUAACUCCGUGGAGUUUGAGCUGACCUAUCGCCGGGCUCUGAAGGAAGCAUUGGUUCUCUUGGAAACCGCCUUGCCAUCAGGAGACAGUCCUCUAAAGAAAAAGCAUCCAGCCCAGGAAGACGCCCAGGAGCGAGCUUGGUUGCCACCUGCAACUACGCACAAAGCCCCACCAGACAGGGCUGAGGAACAGGAAAUCGAGGACACUCUCCCCGCAUCUGAAUUCGCGACAAACCCACGGUCGUCUCUCAGAACCAGAGUAGGGAGCCAAUCGCCCUGUUCCUCAAUGGAGGCCGCAAAGCGCCAUGAAGCUGUGGACACUUCUGCCAGCCCGGCUUCAGAAUGUUUGACUGUUGCCAGCCCUCUGGCAGUGCCUCCUUCGCAUAAAGGCUGCACUGUGGCCACCACAAGCCGGAGGAAGAGUUUGUUGGCAACUCCCAAGGAUGGCGAGUUGUCUAAGGAAGAACUGGGUUCUAUCGAAGAAGGGAUGCUGGUUUGGUGCAAGACCCGAGGAUACCCAUAUUGGCCUUCCGUGGUGAAGAAGAUGAAGUGGAAAGACAGGAAGGCCAUCGUGCUCUUUGUGGAGAAAGGCAUGGAGAACAAAAGCAAAGGCUUCUCUGUCUGUCUCAGAAACCUCAAACACUUCGAUUGCAAAGAGAAGCAGGCCUUCAUAGAUGAAGCCCAAGAAGAUUACAAGCACGAGAUCAACUGGUGCAUCCGUUCGAUAGAGGACUACCAGAUCAAAGUUGGUUGCAAUUCCUUCACAGGGUCCUUCUUGGAGUAUUGUUCCAAUCCCAUGACUCAGAGCAAGCGAAGCCGCAACUCCGUGAAGAGUGAGGUGCCAUCAGGAGCCGAUCCUCUGAAGAAGCAUCCGACCCAGAAAGACGCCCUGGAGCGAGCUUGGUUGCCACUUGCAAUUACGCAGAACACCCUGCCAGAGCAGGGUGAGGAGCAGGAAAUCAGGGAUGCUCUCCCCUCAUCUGAACUCGCAGCAAUAAAAAACGAGCCCAUUCUUUGUUCUGGGGAGUCUCCCCACCGUGAAGCGGUGUGCCACGGUCAUGUGGGCAAUGAAGGCUUGGAGGGUCAGCCAUGCUGUGGCAUUUCUAAAGCCAAAGGCCUGCAGUUGUCGCUCAGGACCAGAGUGGGGAGCAAAUUGUCCUGUUCUUCAAAGAAGGCCAUAAAGCAGCACGAAGCUGUGGACGCUUCCACCUGCCUGGCUUCAGAAUGUUUGACUGUUACCAUCCCCCCGGCGGUGUCUCCUUCAUGCAAAAGCCACGCCAGGGCCAUGGCAAGCCGGAGGAAGAGUUUGUUGGCAUCUCCCAAGGAUACCGAGUUGUCCAAAGAAGGUGAGGCGACCCCGAAAGGAUCCGACCGAGUGUCCAAUGACAAUCAAAAUACUUUGAAUGGAACUCUGUCACAGAACCACACAACUGCGUCUUCCACUUCAAAAAAACAUCAUAGGCUUUGCCUGGAAGACUUGGAUCUGAAGCCUUUGCCCAAGAGACCAGCUUUCAAAGGGGAGGGAGACGAAAACUGGAUUUUCAACAGGGAACCAUCAAAGCUUCUGAGCGCUGAUGCUGGAGACGGUCUGGAGUCCAGCUCUGACCUUUCCCUGUCUCCUGUCAGAACGAGGUCCUUCACUCGCGCUAUCAGCAGCGAGGAGGAGGAUGAGGAGUUGCCCAGCUUCUUCCUGCCUCAAGAACUGGGUCCUAUCAAAGAAGGGAAGCUGGUUUGGUGCAAGACCCGAGGAUAUCCAUACUGGCCUGCAGUGGUGAAGAAGAUGAAGCGGAAAGACAGGAAGGCCAUCGUUCUUUUUGUGAUGAAAGGCAUGGAGAACAAAGGCAAAGGCUUCUCUGUCUGUCUCAGAAACCUCAAACACUUUGAUUGCAAAGAGAAGCAGGCCUUCAUAGAUGAAGUCCAAGGAGAUUACAAGCACGAGAUCAAAUGGUGCCUCAAUUUGAUAGAGGACUACCAGAUCAGAGUUGGUUGCAAUUCCUUCACAGGGUCCUUCUUGGAGUAUUGUUCCAAUCCCAUGAGCUUUCCGGUGCGAAACGAAGGCCUCCCACACCGGUCCUUGAUGAAUUUCUUGAACGUUGAAGAGGAGGAGGGCCAGGGCACUCCUUCCAAGGCGACUCGGCCGAAGCGGGCCAAACUGCUCCCCGACCGGACGCGGGCGGCAAGGGACAAGGCCAACCAAAAGCUGGUGGACUUCAUCGUCAACGCCCAAGGGGCCGAGGAGCACCUCCAGGCCAUCCUGCGGCAGCAGAAGUCCUCGCGAUGGCUGGCCCAAUUCCUCCCCGGCCAGCAGCACGUCAAGUACAUAGAGACCUACCUGGAGGAUGACACCCAGCAAGACCUGGUGUUCCACUAUUUGGAGGGGGUUUAUCAUCGGACGGGCAACAAGGUCCUGCCGGGCUUCUGCCGCGACAGGGUCCGCUUCAUCUUGGAUGUCCUUUUCCCAGAGGCCAUCAUUUAUGCAAUUGCAGCCGUGGAGAAAAUCGAGUAUCAGAAGGCUGAGGAGAAAUACUUCAAGGGGCCACCUGUGAGCCAACGGGAAAGGCGCAUAUUUGAGGAGAAAAUUUGGAAACAGUGGAGAGCGCAGGAGCUGCAGGGCAAACAGGCACCUACGGAAGAUAGCCCCUGAGACCUGAGGAAGAAGGACCCCAGUUGCAUUUAUUUCAGGCUUAUCUUUAAUUGUUUUUAAAUCAUUGUAACCAUUCAAGGAAGCUGGGAGGUGUGAUUCCUCAAUCAAAUGCAAAAUGCUCAGAGCCUGUCUGCAGAAAUCUACCCCUCAAAGCCUCCAGCAAAGCCUCUUUGGCUCCUGUUCAAAGCCUCUUUGGCUCCUGUUAUAUCAUCUUUGAUUCCUUGACCCUAUAUACAAAAUGUUUUAAAUCUGUUCAAAUUGAAUUUAAUAAAAAAAAAUGAAUGUUCUGCAACCUGAA